ACUUGCGAGCACAACAUCAAUCCCAUCAACCUCAAUCAAUACCUCUAUCUUCUUUUCAUAACUACAAACACAACACCAUAAACCAUCAUGUCUACCUCCGGAUCCGGUCAGUCCAGCGUCGGCAGCCGCGCCAUCUACGAGGCCGGUGACCAGCGCAACGUCCCCCAGGCCGAGUUGAACGAGCGUGCCCGCUACGCCGAGGGCCAGACCCACAGCCACAAGAACCUUGACUCCAAGGACCAACGCUCCAUCGCCAACAAGCUCGCCUCCCAAGAAAACAAGCCCGAGAGCGACCACCACCACAACUUCACCAAGGACCCCGAGGCCGAGCUCAGCAAGCAGGACCCCACGAAGCCUGCCAAGCUCCACGGCAACAAGCCCUCCAAGGGCGCCCAGAUCGACGCCGAACUCCAGGCCGAGGACGAGCAGAGACUCAAGGAGAAGGGUAUCAAGCACUAGAUUCUGAAAAUAAUGCCUGAAGCUGGACUUUAUGUAUAAUAUUCUUGUUGGAAUUCGGUGUUAUCUCAUCGGUUAAAGAUACGUGAUGACGAUUUUUUUGGAAUGAUGAUUGAUUUGGAUGCGCAAUGUUUAGUUCUCUGGGUUUUGUAGUGUCUGGUGUAGAGUGGUUUUGAGGUUCUGGUUCGGCUUUAAGAGUUGUGCGUGGGGGGUGGGGAGCCCUUUGUACAUGUUGGCACUAUUCUG